ACAUUUAUUGCUGCUAACUUCGGGAAGUCUAAUCUCGGCUGCCUGUAAAAAAAUAAAAAUUAAAUUAAAGGUGACGGGCAUCGCUAAGUGUGUGCCUCAGAGUUUACUUUUAUCAUAGAAUAGAAAUGUCACGCUUGUUAUAUUUGUCGUCGGAUCUCGUCUGCUCCACGUGUAAAUGCUGCCCACGGAAGCCUUGGUCGUUCUCGUCUUUGCUGACACCCCGAUAUAAGAGUAAUCUGACACUUGGAAGAGCUCAGCAGCGAAGAUGUUUGCUGGUACCCCGACGCCUUUCCCACUCCUGUCACGGUGGACGGUCAAAGUCGUGGCUACUGGGCGUCGGAGCGGGUUUUCUCUUGGCAUUCGGUUUAAAGCAUUACGUCUACUGUCCCGGACGCUGUGAGUGGGAUGCCGAGGAAAGAGACGAACCUCCGAUUACUUCAAAAUACUGGGCUGCGAUUGGAGUCAGCCGAGACUUGGUCCAGCGGAUAAAGGUACAGGAUGAAGUCGGAGCACCUGGUGUGGUCGUUGGAGUGGCAGUGGAUGGCAUCCUGGUGUGGUGUGAAGGACUGGGUUAUGCCGAUUUGGAGAACAGAGUCCCGUGUGGUCCAGACACCGUAAUGAGGAUAGCCAGCAUCAGUAAGCCCCUGACUGCAGCUGCUGUUGCCCGAGCGUGGGAAGAGGGCAAGUUGGACCUGGAUGCGCCUGUCCAAACAUAUGUUCCUGAGUUCCCAGAAAAGCAGAUUGAGGGGAAGGAUGUCACGAUAACGCCGCGAAUGCUCCUGUCCCACUUGAGUGGCAUCCGUCACUACGAAAAAGACCCCAAGAAAGUGAGAGAAGAGAAACGGAAAGGAAAGCGCCGCCUGAAGCCAUCAGAGAAGAAGGCCACUGCGGAGCCAGACGAAGAGAAAGUGGAAGAGAACAAUAACAAGGGCAAAAAUGCCUCGGGCCAACGAAGGAAAGAGCUGGAGCACGAAGAGUACUACCUCAAAGACAGCUGUGACGGUGUCAUUCAGGCCUUGGACUUGUUCAAAGAUGAUCCACUUAUUUUCAAACCUGGCACCACGUUCCUCUACUCCACGCACGCCUUCACCCUGCUGAGUGCCGUGCUGGAGAGAGCGGCAGGCCAGCAUUUCCUGGACCUCAUGCAGAAGAUGUUCCGUGAACUUGGCAUGCUCAACACCGUGCCGGAUGAGAACGAUCCUAUUAUCUACAACCGCUCCAGGUUUUAUCAUUUCAAUAAAAAGGGGCGUGUAGUGAACUGCCCCUACGUGGACAACUCCUACAAGUGGGCUGGAGGCGGCUUUCUCUCCACCGUGGGUGACCUGCUUCUUUUCGGGAACGCUCUGCUUUACAGCUACCAAGUAGGCGGUCUUAAGGAUGCAGACGGCCUCCUGCCGGGCUUCCUUAAACCCACCACAGCCAAAGCCAUGUGGGCCCCUGUGGACAAGACGGAGGCUUCGUGGGAUAAGGAUGGUCAGUACGCCCAGGGCUGGCUGGUCGUGGAGAAGCAGCAGAAGUACGGGCAGUGCCGUGCUCGCAGGCACUAUGUCUCGCACACAGGGAGCGCUGUCGGGGCAAGCAGCGUGCUUCUGGUUUUACCUAGUGAGACAUUACAAGCUUCCGGACAAAGGGUAAUCCCUCCUCAGGGAGUAGUGGUGACCAUCAUCACAAACAUGCAGUCUGUAGGACUUAAUACCACCGCGCUUAAUAUUGCCUAUGAGUUUGAGAAGGCCAGGGAUGGGUAAAGUGGAUCUGGUACAGUGUUGUUUUUUUGGUUUUUUGGUCUGAUUUGGGUUGCACACGUUCAUAAGCUUCGGUUUGAGGUGUUAUAUGUAUGAGCCGUUUACUGUGUUUUCAGUGCUGAGCUUUGAAUGUUGUCAGAAACUACACUCAACUUAAAUUGUUUUUUUUGUAUGUCAAAUUAAAAUGAAUAUUUUUCUUAUCUUAUUUGCCUUGUGUUGAAUAAAUUGCUUAUUUAAAACAUU